AUGAAUGAGUGGGUGGGCCCCGACAUCAAUGUGGUGGGACCGCUGCAAAUCCCACCCGGCGAUGACUUCUCCAUCUCGGAGAGCUCGCACUUGUUUGAUAUUCUGGCAGAUCAGGGCAGUCCUCUCCUGCAGGAUCCCGACAUUAUGCCCUUCGCCGGCUACCCCAGCAUGCAGUACCCGCCCAUGGAGCCCAACAUGUCUUCCACUCCGUACUACUCCACUCAGAACUACUACCCUCAGUACCACGGAGACGAGUGGUACUCGCACACGGGGAUAUAUGAACUGAGGAAAGGACCCCUGGAGGGCGGCUAUGAAGCUGAGAUGGAGGAGGGGUCCUCUGUUGUGCCGGCGGUGUGCAAGAGGACCCGGCACAUGUCGCAAGCUGGGAGAGUCAAAGGGGAGGAACUGUGUGUUGUGUGUGGAGACAAGGCCUCCGGAUACCACUAUAACGCUCUCACCUGUGAGGGGUGUAAAGGUUUCUUCAGACGGAGCAUCACAAAAAACGCUGUGUACAAAUGCAAGAGCGGCGGAAACUGUGAGAUGGACAUGUACAUGCGCAGGAAAUGCCAGGAGUGCCGGCUGAGAAAGUGCAAGGAGAUGGGCAUGCUGGCCGAGUGCCUGCUGACAGAGAUCCAGUGUAAAUCGAAAAGGCUGCGAAAGAACACCAAGGCCUCCCCGGGACAGUCGCCAGGAGACGAGACGGAGGGAGCCGACGGCGCAGACAACAAACAGGUCACCUCAACCACCAAGCUGUCAAAGGAAAAGGUUGAAAUCACUAAAGAGCAGCGGGCGCUCAUGAAGCUCAUCCUCGAUGCUUACAACAGACAUCAGAUUCCUCAAGAUGUUACCAAAAAGCUGCUACAAGACCAGUACAGCGCCGAGGAGAACUUCCUCCUGUUGACUGAGAUGGCGACGAGUCAAGUCCAAGUGUUGGUGGAGUUUACGAAAAACAUUCCAGGCUUCCUAUCUCUGGACCACGAGGAUCAAAUCGCUCUGCUGAAGGGUUCGGCUGUGGAGGCCAUGUUUCUGCGCUCGGCUCAGGUUUUCAGCAGAAAGAUGCCCAACGGACACACAGAAGUUCUAGAGGAGAGGAUACGCAAGAGCGGUAUAUCUGAAGAAUUCAUCACACCCAUGUUCAACUUUUACAAAAGCAUCGGUGAGCUCCACAUGGUGCAGGAGGAACAGGCUCUGCUCACCGCCAUAACCAUCCUGACACCAGACCGGCCUUAUGUGAAGGACCACCUGGCUGUCGAGAGGCUUCAGGAGCCGAUGCUGGACGUGCUGAGGAAGCUGUGCGUCCUGCAGCAUCCGCAGGAGCCGCAGUACUUUGCUCGUCUCCUGGGUCGCCUGACGGAGCUGCGAACACUCAACCACUACCACGCCGAGAUGCUCUCGUCCUGGAGGAUGAACGACCACAAAUUCACCCCGUUGCUCUGCGAGAUCUGGGACGUGCAGUGACGCAGCAGCAGCAGCAGCAGAGGAGGAAGAGGAAGCGGUGACACGGGGAUGAUAAAGCUGAACAAUUUCAACUUGCAGGACAACAUGGUGGCCCAGCUCCAGCGCGUAUUUAUACUGCAAGGACGCGAGGAUCUGGAAUUGAAAUCCUUGCGCAACCUGUUUGCCAGAGCUGUGCCCGACCCUGACGGCAUCAGUCAUGUAGUGACCUUGGCAGUGGUUUAGAGUUUGUGUUUACUAUACUGAUGGAAUUUCUUCAUGGCUCACAUCACUAUUAUAUCAAUGGUAGAAGGGUUUACGGCACAAUGAGGAACCUGUUCAAAGGUUUGCAUUUGUUUGUUUUUUUUACUUCAUGUAAAACAUAUUGAUUAUUCAGACAAACACUGGAACGUAUUCAACGCCGAGAUGGUGCUCAUAAAUAAUGUAAGAUGACGUAGAGGUUCAUUCAUUUAUCAUUUGUAAAUCUCAUCCUUGCUACAUGUACACAUGUUGUGUCGCUAUAGACGACAAGGUUUUCAGGAAUCAGGUUUACAUAGGAAUAUUUUUUGUACCUGUUAGUUAACACAAGAGAAUUGUUCAUAGAAGACUUAAAAAAACUCAGAUACAACAUCUGGAAGAUUAUAAUCCUCACCCUUUAU